AUGGAAUAUCUCGACAAUUUAGACCAGCACGCCAUGAGCGCAUUCGAUGAACUGAAUGGGGACACCGUACUACCCGAUCGUACAUCUGCACCGAAACUAUCAUCCGAACUGAGGGACUUGCUUCGGUUCAACAAGCAGCGUAGGACUCUAGUUAAAGGAGUAGCUGAUCGCAAGUGCAGCAAUAUGGACUACCUCUUCAAGCUCAGCGACCCUGUCACUCCCACAAUCCUCGCCUUGGCCGCCAUCCUUCCCUCCCAACCCCGAAUCAUCCAGGGAGAAGGCGAAGACGGCAUCGCGCAAUUCUGCCAUGUCAGCGACCUCGACAUUCCAAAGAUCAAGGGCUGGCUGGCCAAAGCAUACCCAGACAUUUCCCCAACCUUUGCGCCUAUUAGUAAGGCGCGCAAGGCUUUGUCUCCCGACUCGGCGUACCCAACUCUUGGUUACGACAUGACAUUACCACAUCACCGUCCUGACAGCAGUGCGUGUGAGUAUCUCCCGACACAGAAUCAAUUUCCCGUGUGGUACUUCUUCUAUGGCACGCUGGGCCAUAGUUCGUUUUUGAACGAGCUGUUCGAAUCACCACCCGAGGAAGAGCACAUACUGGUUCCAGCCCUGAUUCAUGGAGGAAAGCUUCAGACGUGGGGCGGCAAGUACAAUGCUCUGGUCGACGACCAUCCUGGAUUGCGGGUCUAUGGAUGGGCGUAUGAAGUUGUCUCGCAGGAACAGGAAGAUGCCCUACGCAUGUAUGAGACAGCGAAGUAUGAAGUAGUGAGAGUGGAGAUUGAACUUAAUGGGCAGAGCGGAAGGCGCUUUGUGAAAGGAUGCACAUUUCGAUUUGUGGGAGAGAAGGGUGAGCUGGAUUGA